UUGAAACAAAAGUGCACAAAGAACCGAAAUUCAAGUCCACUGUCUUCGUCUUCUUCUUUUGCGAAAAAAUCAAAUCUAUCAGUGAAAAAAAAACCGGAGAAAAACCUUUUUUUUCCACAGCCAAAAGUGCGUGGUUAAACCCCUCUCAUUUUCUAUAUAAAACAAAAAACCCAGACAAUAAAGUAAACAAAGAAAUAAUGUCUAUUCAAAUACACAUCUAUCAAUUUCCAAAGAGGCUAUCAUAAACAAAAAAAAAAAAUCCUCCUCCAUUGCAAGUGCAAGUAGUAGAUAGAACCAAACGAUUAAAUUAUUGUAGGCGUAUAACGAGCAACAACCGAACACCGAACGACGACGAACGGACGGGACAGACGAGAAUCUAUGUAUAUUCUAUUCUACAGCCAACAACUCGAUUGGUCUACAAAUUCCAGGAAGUUUUUUUAUUUUCUUUCUUUUGGCUUUUUUUAAUGUAAUUUUGUCAAGAAUUCUAUGAAUAACUUGUUUCUUUGACGACUCCAUGUAAAAUCCAAAGAUCUCUCGAAAGAAACUCAAAAUUUUUCUACUUUAAUUAAAGUAUUUUUCAUUUUUUGAACUCGAUUGUGUGUUGUUUUGUUCUCGUGGGUGGAUUUUUAGAGUUUUUCCUCGAGACGCAGCUGGCUGUUAAAUCGCCAUGUGGAAGUGUCACAAGUGUGGAAAGCCUGUCUACUUUGCUGAAAGAAAACAAUCGUUGGGCUAUGAUUGGCAUCCGGAAUGUUUGCGUUGUGAAGAGUGUGGCAAACGAUUGAAUCCCGGUCAACAUGCUGAGCAUAAGGGAGUGCCUUAUUGUCAUGUGCCAUGUUAUGGCGCCCUAUUUGGCCCGCAACUGUUUGGCCAUGGUACUCGAGUAGAAUCUCAUAAGAAUUUUGGACAAAAGGGUAUCCAACGUGCCAAUAGUAAUGGUACGCCAGCGCUACCAAGAGAUCAUUUGGAAUCAAAAUUAAAGCUGUAUAAUCAAUUUUAUGACAAUAAAAGCCUAGAGGUGCGUAGCCGUGAGGUUAACAAUAGACUGAUACUUGAAGGUGCUUUACGAGUAUAUUGGGGUGUGCAAGGUGUUAUCCAUUUAAAAGAAGAUGACGAUCAACGGACUGUUGCAAUACGUAAAAGAAAUUCUGGACGUUAUUCGACCAGUAGCACUGUUGAAGCGGAGAAUUCUGAUAAAGAAAAUGAUGGAACUGAAUCAGUUGAUCCAGCAACAACGACAACAACAACUGGAGGCGGAGUAGAUGACCUAUCGACAGAUGUUUCUUUAUCAGAUAGUAUGACUUUUGAUUCGUGUAGCUUAAAUGAGUAUCCCCUGUCUGAGGAAGCAGUAACGCCGACAACACCAACAGCGACGCAAUCAACAUUAACAACCACUACGGGCAGUACAGCAUCAACACUUCCGUCUAAGCUUGAGAGUAUUAAUAAUUUGGAAUGGGAUGAAAUUGAUGAUUUAUUACAGGUAGAACGACGAUUUAGUGAGAAGGAUAAAAUCUAUGAAACAAUGCCAGUCAAGUUGCCAUCAUCACAAUCUUCUAGUGAAAGUUCUCCGACCAAGAGUGCAUCAGAGCAAAGUAGCAGCAGUACCACAGAAACAUCUUCCGACAACUUUAUCACAGCAUCGGCAUCAUUGGGAACAACUACAACUGAAACAACAACGACCAAUCCAACCACUGACAACGAUGAUGACACACUCAAACCAAUGGACUUUGAAGAUUUCAAACGAAGUAUCCAUCAGGAAUAUGUGAAUGGAUCAAAUGAUUUUCCAGAAAUUAACGAAGACACAUUAAAGAAAAACCAACCAAUUGAUCCAUCACGAAUAAAUGAUUCGUUGAAACUUUACGGUGAGAAUGCAAUGAGCAAGAGUUUUAAUUGCGAACAAGCUUUGCGCUCUAUUGAUCCAUCGAUGAUCAAUGACACUCUUUGCAGAAGGGUUGUUAGUGGAAUUGAGCAUUCGUCGGCGAGGAAUUAUGCUCUGCAGAAAUCUGGUUCGGCAAAUAUGAAUCAUAAUCAUAAUGGUCGAUCGGUUUUUGAAAAAGGCAUUAAUCGUUCAAAGUCAGGGCCGACUUGUUUUGAAUUUACCGAUAGCGAGGAUGAAUCUUCAACUUUGAAGCCACGCAAGCCGUCGACAAUAAAACGCAGCGAACAGCGAUAUGUAAAUAUUCGCAUGGAUUGCUAUCCGCCCAAUCAUAGUGACAACGACACAAGCAGAGGAGGCGAUACAAAUAGUUCUGAUGUUGCGGGUGAGCUAACAGCCACAGAGACGUAUAUUAAUGGCCAACAAUAUCAUGUUACAGAAGAUGGGGUGGUAUUGCGACGACCGCCAAGGACUGGAUCGACGGCAAUUAAGAGGAGGUCAGGCAAUAAGAGAUCUCGUACAAAGCUCAAGCGUCGUUGCUCCAUUAAUGGUCAUUUUUAUAAUCGAGAAACAUCGUUUUUUACACCACCCUAUGGAUCACAAAUGAGCGUAUGGGUGACAUCGUUGGUUACAACACAAGAAGUUAUAAAUCUCAUUUUGGAGAAAUAUAAAGUGGAUAGUCCGGCAGAGAAUUUUUCACUUUUCAUUUUGCGAGAUAAUGGAGAGCAGAAACGAUUAAAGGAUACAGACUAUCCAUUAGUUGUUCGUAUAAUGCUUGGUCCACAUGAAGAUGUAGCUCGAAUGUUUCUAAUGGAUGCUCAAAGGACUCAAGAAAUAAGCAAUGAGGUUGCUCAAUUUAUCAACCUCUCCGUACCAGAGUGCCGUGCAAUUUUAGAUCGCUACAACGAUGAGUUGGAGCGUGAAAUCGCCAAAGUUAGAGAAAAAUAUGCUGAAUUGCGUCGUCGCAUUGUCAGUCGUAUGGAAUCUCUAAAAGUUCGUUUAUAAUCUCGUCAAAUCAAUAUAAUUUAGAAUUCUCGAAACUCAAUUAAUUAAUGUUUCGAAAUUUGAAAGGAAAUCAGAGUAUUUACAGACAACCUAACAUUUUAUAUUCAAAUAUAUUCCUAAAUAAUUGUUGUUUUCACAUACAAUUUUUACAUAAUUGCAUAUUUUAUAUUUAAUUUUUACUUUAAACUAUGUGAUUCCAGUUUAAUUUUUGAUCACCAAAAUUGCUUUAACAACAACUAUAGUUUGUUUUGAACUUUAAUAUUAUUUUUUUUGUAUGGUUAAGAGUAUAGUUUUUGAUAUUGAUUUUAUCCUGAGGGUUAAUUAGUGAAGUUUUAGACUGAAUCAGAGAAAAAAAAACUUUAAGUAUUAUAAAAAAAACAAUAUAUAUUUUGUCUUAUGAUAAUGUCUUUACAAAAUUUGCACUUUCUCACACAUACUCGCGUUUAAUGCGCAUGUAAAAUAAAUUUGAUAAAUCUUCUUUUUUGGUGUUUAGUAAUUUAGAAGGCAACUAUAAAAUGUAGCGUUACCUAAAAAAUUACCCCAAAAAUGGUAUUGUAUUCACAAAUUUGUACUCAUAUCUUUUUUCAAAAUUUUUGAAUCUCGAUAUUAUGUUUUGAGGUUGUUUUUAUU